AAACAAACGAAACGUUUACAGCACGAAAAAACAUAAAUAAAGAAGAAAAAUAUCAAAUAAUCUUGAUUAAACAAUGGAAAGCUUAUUAGAAAUUCAAAGAAGAUGUCACGAAGAAAGAGAACGACUGCAGAAGAUCAUGACUGAUGAGUUUAUGGACAAGAAACUGUCAGAAAAGGACAAAAUUUUUUCAGAAAAUCGCAUAAAAAUUUAUUUGAAUCAAUAUGUGGAUACAUCAUCUAGACUUGCUGAUUUGUAUGAGGACAAAGAAGGUGAAAGAAAAGCUGAAAUUUCAGCAUUGUCUGGUCCAAACGAAUUUACAGAAUUUUAUUCGCGUUUGAAGAGCAUUAAAGAGUUCCAUAAAAAGCAUCCAGAUGAAAUUAGUAUUCCUCUGUCUACUGAAUUUGAACAAAUGGCAAAAACGUAUCAGCAAGCAGAUGCUUUGAGUCUUUUAGUAGAAUUUACGGAUGAAGAAGGGUUUGGCAAGUAUCUGGAUCUUCAUGAAUCGUAUGACAAAUAUAUUAAUUUGAAAAGCGUUGAAAAGAUUGACUACAUCACAUAUCUCAUGAUUUUUGAUCAUCUUUAUGACAUUCAAAAAGAUCGAAAGAAUGCCGAGUAUAAAAAGUAUGUAGAUUUCCUAUUUGAUUAUCUUUAUGGAUUUAUUACGCGUAUAAAGCCAUUGUUGGACAUAAAUAAGAAUCUUGAUCAAGUAAGAGGCGAUUUUGAAAAACAGUGGAAUGCUGGAUCUUUUCUUGGAUGGCCAAAAGAGACAGAAAGUGCUCUUGCAAAUGUUGGAGCUGCUCUUGAUUUGUCUGCAUUCACAAGUUGGGAAGAAUUGGCUUCACUCGGUCUAGAUCGUUUAAAAUCAGCUUUAAUGGCUUUGGGAUUAAAAUGUGGAGGGACUUUAGAAGAAAGAGCACAACGUUUGUUCAGUACUAAAGGCAUGAAACAAAUUGAUACAACUUUAUUGUCCAAGAAAAGUGCACUAGGCAAAAAUGCAUCAAGAAUGUCCAAGGAACAAGAAAGACAAAAAGAAAUUGCAUUAGUUGAAGCUCAAAUUUAUCAUCUUAGUGAAUAUUUAAAGGACCAAAGAUCAGCAACAAAAGAAAAUGUUCAACGAAAGCAGGCUAGAGGUGAUGGUGAAAGAAACGACAGCGAUAAUGAAGCAAGCGAUUCUGAAUCAGAAGAAGAGGAAGACGAUGCAGACGGAGUUCCGUAUAAUCCGAAAAACUUACCACUUGGAUGGGAUGGAAAGCCAAUUCCUUACUGGUUAUAUAAAUUGCAUGGCUUGAAUAUUAAUUACAAUUGCGAAAUUUGUGGAAAUUUCACAUAUAAAGGUCCAAAAGCCUUCCAACGUCACUUUAGUGAAUGGAGACAUGCUCACGGAAUGAGAUGCUUAGGAAUUCCAAAUACAGCACAUUUUGCGAAUGUCACACAAAUUGAAGAUGCAAUACAAUUAUGGGAAAAAAUCAAGCAACAAAAGAAUCAGGAACGUUGGGUGCCUGAACAGAAUGAAGAGUUUGAAGAUUCUCUGGGAAAUGUCGUAACAAAAAAGACAUAUGAGGAUCUUAAGCGUCAAGGCUUAUUGUAAAUUUGUCUCUAGUAUUUAAUGCAUUUUCCAAUUUUACAUGUAAGAAAUAAUAAAAUAAAGUUUAAUAAACAUAA